AUGCCCACAACUUUCUUCUGCCCCUGCUUAGAUUCUACUAUCACCUGUGGGGAAUGCCUGCUACCCACCCCUCGUCCUCCUUGCGACCCUAACAGAGCCUGUAAUUUGCUUUAUGACCCAGUGUGUGGAAGUGACGGCGUCACCUAUGGUAAUCAGUGUUUCUUUAAAAGAUACACGUGUGGAACAGAAAUCAGGAUUUCACACAGAGGGAGAUGCGACUACAACUCCUACUCCUGA